AGAAACUCAUACUCUUCUCUCUUCUUCCCUGUCCACCUGCUCUCUCUCUCUCUCUCUCUCUCUCUCUCUUUCUAGCUAAUCCCAAUCUACAGCCCCCUCUCUCUCUAGACCCUUCUACAUUGCUCAGCAAAGAUUUCCGCACCACAUUCAUGUCGGUUGGCUGAUCUCGCUCUCCACGAUCUGCUCCUCCUCCGAUCUGCUCCUAUUGUUGUUGUUUUGUCGGUGCGGGUUUGAAUUUCGGGUGUGAUUUGAAGCAAUGACGGUGGAGGCGGAUGUGCGCCGUGAUGCGUGUGAAUCUGAGGUGUCCAAGUGUGAGGACAAUGUCACCGUCAAUGUCGGUGUGAUUGGGAAUGUGAAUGGGAUUUCCAAGGACGACGGCGACGGCUCUUAUGUGUUUGUCACAGGGAGUGACGCCGUGGCGGCGUCGGAUGAGUCUGAUCUGGCCAACGGGCACUGCGCCGGUGGAGUUGAGACCAAUGGCGGUGGCCGUGUUGAGUUGGAGGAGAGUGUUGUUGUAGUUGAGAAUCCUCAAUCUGAAUUACAAUUUCAUUCCAAAGCUGCUGAGGAGUCGAAAUGUUCUGGUGAUGGUCCGGAGAUUACGGUUGAAAGUUCUUGUCUUCAGAGUGAGGGGGAUCAGCAAUCAGCCAAGGAGGUGGUGGUAGAAGAUGUAGUUCAAGGGGCGGAGUCGACAUCGCAAGCUGGUGCUGAGUUAGAUAAGCAAGUUGUCAGUGGUCCUGAGUCGAAGGAGAAUGGGGACGGCGUGCCUGUUUGUGAUGGUAAUGAUGCCGCCUCUGUUAGUGAUCCUGAGUUGAAGGAGAAUGGGAACGGUGUGCCUGCUUGUGAUGGUAAUGAUAUUGCCUUAGCAAGUGCUGCCGAACAGAAUGGAUCUUCUGAAAGUGGCCGAUCCUUGGCUGCUGACUCUGUGGAAGUCAAGGUACAUUUGGAGACGCAAGUGGGCAAUGGCAUUGUCUCUGAUGAGAAUGGAGAUGCACUGCCUACUCAUGAUGUCCAAGAGAGUCUAUCUAAGUCCUUGGUCACAAAUCGCUUGGUUGAUAGAGCUGAAAAGAUUAAUGAGUCAUGUGAUGAAAAAGAGCAAAGUUUGGCUGCCAAUGGUGAUAUCCAAAACAGCACUUCAAAGCCCGUUGCUGAAGAAGCCAAUGGUGAUAUCCAAGACAGCAUUUCAGAGCCUCUUGCCCAAGAGGAGAAUAGUGUUUCAGAGCCUGAUGCUGAAGAAGAUGAUAAUGGUUCAUCAGAACAAACUGACCAAACAUUGACUACCAAUGUUGAUGUUAAAGACCCCUUUUUGGAACCCAUUGGUACAUGCGAAGAAAAUGGCCAAACAUCGGCUGCCAAUGUUGAUGUGCAGGAUAGUCUGUCCAAGCCCAUUGCUGAAGAGAAUAAUGGUUUAGGUGAAGAAAAUGGCCAUAUAUUGGCAGCUGAUGUUAAUAACCAAGAGAUCAUUUUGGAGAACUUAACAGACAGAAUUAAUGGGGAUUCAUGUCAAGAAAAUGGCCGAAGCUUGGCACAAAGUGUUGAACUCCAGCAGUUGGAAACUGAGAUUAUCAGUGGUCUUGUUUCUGAUAAAUCUGGAGAUGAGUCGCUUAUCAUUCAUGGUCAUGAAGAGAGUAUUUUAAAGCCAAUGGAUACUAAUCCCUUGGCUAGUACACCUGAAGAAAACGGAUCAUGUGAAAAUGAGGACGUUUUAGUUGCACCUGUUGAAGUUCAGAAACAAGUGGAAACGCCAGUUGCCAGUGGCCCUAUAUCUGAUCAAAAUGGGAAUGACAUGGCUAUUGUUCAUUCUCAUCAAGAGAAGACUUCUGUGCCUGAUUUGAUUGAUACACAUGAAGAGAAUAAGUCAUCUGAUAAGGCUUUUGUGUGCCAGAACUUAUCUGUUGGAAAUGGUGAAAGCUUUGUAGCUGUUGCUGAUACAAUAGUGAGUGAUGAAAAUGAGAAUUCUCUAUCUAUGGAAGAUAAUUCUACUCGCAGUAUUGAUGAUGGAACGCCGGAGCAAUUAGAGGAGAAGAAUAAUGAAAAGCUGAUUUCUUUUCCUCUUGAACAAUCAAAACCAGAAGUCGAAGCUGAGAGUUCCCCCAUUGAAGCUGAAACUUCUUCAAGUUUCGCCGCUAAUGAUGCAGUAUCAGAACUGAAUUCAAAAUAUGAUAUUGAAGCUGAGAUUGUCUCCGUCACAGAAGAUUCUCUCUCAAGUGGCCUAGCUAAUAAUGAAGCAUCAGAAGCCGAUUUAAAAUCAGAACUUACAGCUGAGAGUGUUUGCCCAGCUAGUGACACUCAAUUGGUAUCUAAUUUGAAAUCAGAAAUUGAAUCAGGUCAUGUUCCUGUUGUAGAUGACACACAGUCAAGUUGCCCUGUUAAGGAUGUCAUAUCAGAGCCCAUUUCCAUAUCAGAAUAUGAACCCAAGAUCCCUCCAGCCACCGAUGGUACCCUGUCAAGUUCACCAGCUGAUGAUGCAAUACAAGAACCCAAGACCAGCCGUGAUUCUAUUGUUUGUGAAAAUCUAGCAUCUAAUGAUGUUGUGCCUGUAGUAGAUUCUGGUAUGUCAGACUUGGAGACUGAAUGUGCUGACAAAAAUGAGAAGCCAACACUACAGAUUAAUGAUUCAGUGGAGGAUGAAGCCAUCUUGCCGGCUAGCUCAGGUGCUGAUGAGUCGUCUAUCAUUACUGAUGAUAAACCAGAGUCUGAAGAGUCGUCCAUCAUCCCUGAUGAUAAACCAGAGUUUGAAGUUACUCCUGUUGAUUCUUUGGAAGGACAGGAUAAGAUUGUUGAUGUUGAAAAGAGGCCUUUCUACUAUUUAAUUAGGAUUCCUAGAAAUGAUGACGAAAAUUUAAAAGAACAGAUCAAGCAUGCUCAAUUAAAAGUUGAAGAAAAAACCAAAGAAAGGGAUGCUGUUCGUUCAAAAAUGCAAAUGCAACGGGCCAUUUGCAAGGAGCAUAAAUUAAAAUUCGAAGCUGCCAUAUCUGAUGAGAGAGCUGCUCAAGAGCUUCUCAAGUCCAAAAGACAGGAAAUGGAUUCUGUUCAAUUUAUGAAUAGCAAAGUAAAGGAUGCUCUUUCGCUUGAGGAAAUAGCUAACACAAUACGCCAUCUGGAACACACCAUGGCUCAUGAGACCGUAUCUUUGAAGGAAGAAAAGCAGUAUAUUCGUGAUAUCAAGCAGCUCAAGCAACGCCGUGAUCAGCUCUCUUAUAGCCUGGGUAAACAGGAUGAAGUUCAACAAUCUUUAGAUCAGAAAGGUCAAAUUGAAGAACGCAUAAAGGAUCUGAGAAAGGAAAUGGAUCAACUCAAAGAAAAUCUUCUCAAAGCACAGGGAGUCACACAAGUUGCUAAAAGGAAAUAUAAUGGGGAGAAUGAUAUGCUGCAUGAAUUACAAUAUCAGUUUGAAGCUGCAGAUGCAAUCCGCCAAGAAGCAUAUGUACAUCUACAGAGCUUGAGGAAACAAAAUUAUGAAAAGACCAAACACUUCUGGAGGUACAGAAAUGAUGCAAAGGCUGCUAAUGACUUAGCAUUGAGUGGAGAUAAGGAGCAACUACAGCAUUUAUGUAUCAAUCAGGUGGAAACAUUUAUGGAACUCUGGAAUACAAAUGAUGAUUUCCGGAAAGAAUAUAUCAAAUGCAACACCAGGAGUACACUAAGGAGAUUAAGAACCUUGGAUGGCCGUCAACUUGGUCCUGAUGAGGAACCACCUGUAAUUCCUGAUAUAGUAAGAGUAACCAGGCAUAACUUGGCAGCAUCAGUAGUUUCUACUACUGAACCUGCAAAACGAGUUGCAAUUGUAGAAUCUGAAGAACCAAAUGAUAAAUCAGUGGAGAUUGUGGAGCGAAACAAUGAGACAGCUAAGAUCAAGAAGCCUGUGAAAGUUGCUUCUUCUGGAAUCAGCCAAGCAACAGUUUCUGGAAGAACAGAGAUUGUUGAGGAAAUAGUAGAAGACCCAAAACCUACAAAAGAGGAAGUGGAGUUGGCCAGAAAGGAAGAGGAAUUGAGGAAGGAAGAAGAAGCUGCAAAGUUGAGGGAUCAACGUAAGCAGGAGGAAAAGGCCAAAGCUAAGGAAGCAAUGGAGAGAAAGAAAAGAAUAGCGGAGAAGGCCCAAGUUAGAGCUGCUAUAAAAGCUCAGAAAGAAGCUGAAGAGAAAGAGAAGGAAAGGGAGAAGCGGGUAAGGAAGAAGGAAAGAAAGAAGGAAAAUGCAACAAAGGCUACAAAUGGCAUUAAUGAAGGAGAAUCUGCUCCAGAACGAACCUCAGAGACUACAACCGCGACCCCAGUGGAGCCUGAAGCUACAGAGAAACCGGUGACAAUAACGAAGAGGUCCCAGAAAAUGCAACAGUUCACAAAGCAAAGCAAGGCAAAACCAAUCCCUCUGCCUCUUCGCAACCGUAGUAAGAGGAGAAUGCAGCCUUGGAUGUGGGUGCUUGUUGCAGUUGUGGCCGUCCUUGGCUUGUUUUUGUUGGGUAAUGGUGGCAGCUUCUCUUUUCGAUCUAUGCUCGAGAGGUUUUUCUAAAUACUACAUCUAUGCACUUCUUUAAGUAGCUUAUUUAGCAGAGGUUGUUUGGGACAUUCCCUUGGUAUAUCUAGGAAAUCACUAUAUUAUAUAAUUAUAUAUAGGCGAUUCUUUUUUCUUUUCUUUUUUGGUGAGCAGCUUGGGUUUGGCUUUCUCCCUCCUAGUUUGCAAUAUUUAAUUGGGUUUUUGGUUUCAUACACCUAUAGAAGAGUGGUUUCUUUUAUUUAUAUGCUUAAAAUGUCUGAAGAAAAACAUAUUCAGUAUUACAAUAAAUUCAAGUUAUUUACUCUAUUU